CAAGCAGGGGGUCGACAGUAAAAAUACCAUCGUUAAGAUUUUCUAGUGGUGCUUUUCCCUUUGCGCUCCUCCCCUGCAGAAGCUGAGCGUGUAUUUUCAGGAUGUCGUCAGGAGCUCUGUUCCCUAGCCUGGUGUCGGGGUCACGCGGCUCCUCCAGCAAGUACCUGGUGGAAUUCAGGGCCGGGAAGAUGACGCUGAAGGGCAGCACGGUGACCCCCGACAAACGCAAAGGUUUGGUCUACAUCCAGCAAACGGAUGACUCUCUCAUCCACUUCUGCUGGAAGGACCGCACGACAGGAAACGUUGACGAUGAUCUGAUCAUUUUCCCUGAUGACUGUGAGUUCAAGAGGGUUAACCAGUGCACCACAGGACGAGUUUAUGUGCUGAAAUUUAAAGCUGGAUCCAAAAGGCUUUUCUUCUGGAUGCAGGAGCCAAAAACAGACAAGGAUGAGGAGUACUGUCGCAAAGUGAAUGAGUACCUGAACAACCCCCCCAUGCCCGGUGCUCUCGGGAGCGGGGGCAGCGGGGGUCAUGAGCUGUCUGCCCUUGGAGGUGAGGGUGGGCUGCAGAGCCUUCUGGGAAAUAUGAGUCAUAACCAACUGAUGCAGCUUAUUGGACCGACAGGACUGGGAGGACUUGGUGGUCUGGGGGCACUGGCAGGACCAGGGCUGGCCAGUCUGCUGGGCAGUGGAGGCCCUGCUACCAGCAGCUCGUCAUCAAGCUCCCGCAGUCAGUCAGCAGCCGUCACCCCCUCCUCCGGCUCCGGGGCGACGCGGAUAAGCUCCGCCCAGGCGCCCACCACGCCCAUCACGCCGGCCGCCAACACCGCCACGUCACCCACCGUAACCCCCACCACCCCCGCGGCUCCCGCUACCCCGGUCGCGCCCGGCGCCGCCGGCCCCACGCAGCCCAUCCAGCUGAGCGAUCUGCAGAGCAUCCUGGCCACCAUGAACGUGCCCGCCGUGGCCGCCGGGGGGCAGGGAGUGGACCUGGCCAGUGUUCUGACCCCUGAGAUUAUGGCCCCUAUCCUGGCCAACGCAGAGGUCCAGCAGCGGCUCUUGCCUUACCUCCCCUCAGGGGAGUCCCUGCCGCAGAGUGCUGAGGAGAUCCAGAACACGCUCACGUCCCCGCAGUUCCAGCAGGCCAUGAGCAUGUUCAGCAGCGCGCUGGCCUCUGGACAGCUGGGGCCGCUUAUGAACCAGUUCGGCCUUCCCACAGAGGCCGUGGACGCUGCCAACAAAGGAGAUGUGGAAGCGUUUGCAAAAGCCAUGGAAGGUGGUGAAGGAAAGACAGACAAUGAGGGAGGGGAGUCUAAAGACAAGAAGGACGAUGAAGAAGACAUGAGUUUGGAUUAGAAUGUCUGCAACGCUAGCUUUUUUUUCCUCUUGUAUCACAUUUUGUUACUUUCCUGUAGUGCUUUUAUUAGCCAAAGUGCAUCUCUGUGGAAAUGGAUUCUCUUCUUUCGCUAUAUAUGUUAAAAGGUUGGCACAAAUAAAUUUAUCUUGAAAUGGCAUGGAAAAAUGGCAUUUUAUCUCUUAAAUAGUCAUGGUUUAGCUUGGUAAUGUAUAGCGGGCA